AUGGAGAAGCACCUGCACAUUAGUAAAGUUGGCAGGAGUUAUCAAGUGAGAACAACCCACAUGCCAUAUAAUUGCAUGGGCCUCUCACUGGAUGGCUGUGAAGAGGCCACAGGUAACACAAGCUUGUCAACAGCAACACCAUCUCCUCUUUCUUCCUAUCUCUCUCCCACGUCAAAGCCACAGCAUCAUCUUCAAGCUUGGGCUCGCGAGUCCCCCAUGAAUUCCCACCAUUAUCAUCAUCUCCACCGAGGUGAGCAGGGAGAAGACAGGGAGCACAUGUUUGAAAAGCCUCUGACUCCGAGUGACGUGGGGAAGCUCAACAGGCUCGUCAUACCGAAACAGCACGCCGAGAAGUACUUCCCCUUGAAUGGCGACUCUGGCGAGAAAGGCUUUCUGCUGAAUUUCGACGAUAUCGAUGAGUCCGGCAAGACCUGGCAGUUUCGGUAUUCUUACUGGACCAGUAGCCAGAGCUACGUGCUCACCAAAGGAUGGAGCCGCUUUGUUAAGGAGAAGAAAUUGGACGCAGGAGAUGUCGUCCUGUUUGAGCGUCCGAGGUAUGGGGGAGAGCGCCUCUACAUUGGGUGCAGGUAUCGAGGUGAAAAUGAGAGCUCUACACUGUCGCCGUCGCCGGCGGCUACAUCCGUGACCAUGCCCGCUGUUGCACGGCCGUGGACCGCAGUGCCACAACACUCUUCUCUUCAUGCAGAAGAUCCAGGUGAUGGAGUAAUUGUACUACAGAGUGAGGCUGUGGCACCAGCUAACUCCAAGAGAUUGAGACUCUUCGGUGUAAAUUUGGACUUCUGGCCAGAGCCUGAGCCACAGCCAGUGGCCUCGACUUCUUGGUUCUUAAGCUAAUCUUCAUACUGAAAACUGAGUACGCCAGCUCUCGGAAAUAGUAGUAACCGGAGCUGGUUAUAUUUUAUGAUCGCGGAAGAGCGGAAUAAACCGAAGGAAGUUGGGAGGAAAUCCGAGGUCGCGUUCACAAAUCCAACCAGCCAAUCCACUCCCUCUUCAAAAAUGACAACUUGAUUGACAGAAUUGUGGAGGACCCGGCAAGCACUGCACAAGGACAGAAGCAGAGAGCGACCAGAGUAGAAAAAAGGGAGAUGGGAUGAAGAUCCCUGGUUUUCUGGGCAAUCUCCACUUCCAUUUCCCUUUAGUUUUCUCUGUGUGUUUGUGCUUUUACAGAAUCUUUACUGUACAUGGUGAUGGCCUGUCGGAUCUGAUGGAUGGGAUAUUGGUUGAAGUCUCAUGAUAAAUCAGAUUGAAAACUGGUAGAAGAAAUGGAGGUGGGUCCUGUUAUAGACCUGUGGCACUGAUUCUCUCGCCUUGUUAGAUUUGUAUUUUUUGAGGAAAGAUCUAUAGAAUCUGCUGGGUCUUUAAAUUUUGCCCUCCAUGUUUAAUGGUCAUGAUGUGAAAUAUCCACAAGAAGAUCUAGUGUGAUAUG